UGGUCCAAAAUGAUGGAAAUGGAUCAGUCCAGUAACAAUUGGCAAGCUGGAAAGAAAGUUCUGGAGUGUAAUAAGUACAUGUUGACCAACCAAAUCCAGUGUGAUGUUACAUUCAAGGUGGGUGCAGAAGAGAAGGAUGUAAGAGCACAUAGAUAUGUUUUGGGCAGUAGAAGUUCCGUAUUUUAUGCCAUGCUGUUCGGAAGUCUAUCGGAUAAUGCAAAUGACAUCAUUGUGCCCGAUAUUGAACACAAUAUUUUUCAAGUUCUGUUGAGGUUCCUUUAUUACGAAGAAACGAACAUAAAUGAGGACACUGUUUUAGGGAUUCUGUAUGCGGCAGAAAAGUAUGGUGUUACUAACCUGAAAGAUAUCUGUAAUUCUUACCUGGAAAACCAUAUUGGUGAGGAGUCGGUCUGUACAAUUAUGGAAAAUGCAAAACUGUUCAAUUUAAAUGACUUACUCACCAAAUGUAUUGACUUUAUAGUGCAGUCAGACGCUACUACUAAAACAGUGUUUGAGUCACAAGAUUUUCUUGGACUAAAUAGAGAGUGUUUUGCGGCACUCAUUCAAUUAGAUAAUCUUCCUGUAAAUGAGGAAUUUCUCUACAAAUCAUUAGUGUUGUGGUCACAUAGAAACUGUGAAAAGGAAGGGAGGGAUGUGAAUAAUCCAGAAAAUAUUCGAAGCAUGAUGGGAGAUCUUUUGUAUCAUGUAAGAUUUCCUCUCAUGUCAUUGGAAACAUUUUGGAUGGUAGCUGGAGACAACAUUCUAACAUAUCAAGAGAAAAAUCAAAUAUCAAAAUUUAUUUUCGGUUUGUCUGUUGAAAAUAAACUGCUUUUCCCAGCAAAUCAACGGAGAAAGAACAUCUCUAUCUAUAGAGGCACAGAUUAUCAGCCCUUCUGGAGGUUCUAUGGUAAAAUAGAUGCACUCAAGUUCAGAGUUAACAAGUCGGUGUACAUGCGUGGAUUGAUUUUGCUUGGUAGUUGUGAAAAAGUUCCGUACACAUAUACAAUAGAAGUCAAAGUAAUAAAUAGUGAUAAUAAAACUGUAUGUUGGUUUCUAGAGCAACCUGUUACCAACAGUGACAAAGAAUUUCAAGUUAUCUUUGAUGAACACUGUUUACUUGAAGCAAAUCAGGAUUAUAUAAUUUGGUUAAGGAUGUUUGGGUCCAAAAGUUACCGGAUGAAGCAGUGUCGCUCCUUAGUUAUCGAAGAUGACGUUCAAGUUACUUUUAGCAAUAGCGAAUUGUGUACUAAUGGUACGAAUGGAUCUCGAGGACAAAUUCCUGGAUUUCUGUGUUCAAUACCGUUAUGA